AGUCAUUCAGCCGUACUCAUGGCUGAUGGGAAAUCUAUUGUCAUAUAUGGUGGAUACGAUGGCUACAAUGUCUUCAACGACGUUGCCAUUUUACAUACCGAUACAUGGACAUGGGAAGUGAAAAGUACAACUGCCAAUGUACAAGGUCGAGCAGACCACUCUGCAACACUUAUUGGCACAAACAUGAUAGUGGCAUUCGGGUUCACAGGGGUAUCAACUUCAUUGUCUAUUCUCUCUGAUAUCGAAAAUCUGGAUGUAAGCACAUGGAGCUGGCGAUCUGUGUUUAAUACAAGUAGCGAUAUCACGAAAGGCCAACAUACGGAGUUGAUGAGUGGACCCUCUCCGGGCGUGAUUGUUGGAGCGGUUGCAGGUUUAGCAGCUCUGUUCUGCAUCUUACUAAUAGCUCUUCAUCUGUGUAAUCGUCGAUAUAAUCAGAAGCACAACGAUGACGACGAGUCCCUGGCGAAAGAGACCAACAGCCUACAUGAAGUGUAUAACAUGGCGGAAAGGGACGAGUCCAACUAUGGCGACGUUCUGUCUAGCCUGUCUGAUACUACUAUAUCGCCCAUUACCUUAGCCAGGAGAGGCGGAAAACGAAUCAAGCGAAAUUUUACAGAUGGCGUGUACAACCCCACAUCGCCCACUUCAUUUCAUCGAUUCUUUUCUACGCCCAAUAUGAACGAUUUACCUCACUCAAAGAGAGAUAGCCACCAUCUGGAAAUACUGUCGCCGGAUUCACCUUUAGAAGAGCUACAUGAGGCAACCGUAGAAGCCAAAGUACCUCAAAUUUUACAUAUCGGGCAGCAACCAGCUGGUUUGGUAGCGACAACGGCUAAGAUAGACCGACCCUAUAGCACAUUUGACGGGGAAGAGUUUAUCUUAAUGGGUGGCGGAGAUGAAAGAAUGAUGAGUCCCGUCAGUGAAAGCGCCGUGGAUGACAUACCUGACUCCGUCGACCCCUCCGCCCUCACUUCUUCUACACCUAAAGGUAAAGAACGGCUAUCGGUUAAACAAUCAAAUGACGAUGUCAGUGCGAUACAAACGGAAGUUAUCUAUUCCAACUGUAGGCAGAAAACGACUGGAUGAUACUAUUGAAGUAAAUGACAUUGAAUACGAUGACUUAGUAGCGUGAGGGAAAGAAAAUAAAAUGGAAGAGAGUGGGUGUUGAACGCCGGAACGAACGGUCCACAGAAAAAGAGCCACUGGUGUUACGAAGUUGAAUGAGCGCAAGCCAGAAGCUUAAGUGGACCCUGCAAAAUUUG